AUGCAAUUUUUUUUUCUUCCAAAUACAAAUGGAAUACAACUUCUUUGCUAUAAUAAUGAAGAAGUUUAUUGUGACACAUAUGCAAACAGAACAAAAGAUAUUUUAUUACAAUGGAGAGAAUUACCUACUUCUGUUGCAUAUAUAAGUAAUGGUAAAUUAAUGGGAUGGGGAAAUAAAGCUAUUGAAAUACGAAAUCUUGAUUCGGCUACAUUAGAUGGAGUUUUUAUGCAUAAAAGAGUAUAA